AUGCCAGACACCAAACUCACGCGCUUCUCACCAUCCCAAAAUUCCAACAGCUUCCGAUAUCGGCCGCUGGACCCUUCAGAGGGUGAACAUAUUCGCCUCUUGUGUCUCUACCCUGGCGAAUUCCACGAACCUAUCCGAUGCGACCUUCUCCACGCGAACCUGGACGAUGACAUCGAAUACGAGGCUCUCUCGUAUACCUGGGCCUCCGAAGAUGGGGACGCUAGCUUAUCGCAGCGCAUCAGCUGCGCUUACUUUGGAGAGGAACGAGUCUCUGAUCUGCCAGUAACAUCAAGCUGUGCGUCUGCAUUGCGCAGGCUGAGGUUGAUUUCACAAGAAAGAAUGUUGUGGGUCGAUGCACUCGCUAUCGAUCAAAGUAAUCUGCAAGAGAGGAACCAACAGGUUGCGAUUAUGGCAAGGAUCUACUCGGGCGCGUCACAGGUUUUGGUCUACCUAGGAGAAGAAGAUUUAGGAUUCGGCUCGCGCACUCUGUGGAUGGACACCGAGAGACGUCAGGCCGCGCUGAAGAAACUUUUCGCAAAGAGAUGGGCCUCACGAGUGUGGGUGAUUCAAGAAGUAGCACUGGCGCAAAAGUUAACGAUGGUUACGGGGAAUGCAUCCUGUCCUAUGGAUGCCAACCUGAUGAGCCGUAUCCGAGGAAGAGCCAAAAUAUCCAGACUGCAAGUCCCUGGACCAUUAGCUUGGGAUCCGCUAGUCAGUGCUCCGACGAGGGAUCUACUUACGAUGUUACAAAUGACACAUAACUGCUCGUCUACAGAUCCUAGGGACAAGGUGUAUGGUCUUUUGGGCUUGGUUGGCGAGCGCCUGCAGAGCCUCAUUGAGAUCGAUUACUCGCAAACCGUGGAGGAGGUAAUGACUCGUGCGGCCGCCGCGAUCAUCAUUUGCAGAGAAGACUUUGAGAUCUUAGCAUACGCCUCACUCAGUCCUAGACCCGCGCAAAAGCGCUUACCGACUUGGGUACCGGACUGGGCAGAAUACGAUGGCGAAAUUACGCUGCGUCCUCAAUUCCAAACAUCAAAGAUAGGUCCCUGGACAUCUCUAGAGAAGUUGAUGGGGAGCAGGUCAUCAGAUCGUCGGCUCAGUGAGAUAGAUUGGGGGUCAGUGGUCGAUAUACCUGCAAGCUGGCCAGCUAGCCUCUCUUCAAAGCCGUCCGUGGAAGUUCGUGGACACUGCCUCGCGACUAUCGACAGCACAACUAAGCAAGAGCAUGGGAGUUCGCAAUGGCAAGACGCCCAGGAUUUUGGUGUCAGCUUGAAGGCUUUAAUCGAAGAUCACUCGACGCCUAAGGAUUUCGAUAUGCAGCUAUGGCCUACACGAUUCCAAUGGCUCUUCAAUCCUUCUUACAUGCGCCUCGAUGACUCGCAACUGCAGCCAGACAGUAUCUCAGCUAUGAGGAGUUUUGCAAAUCUCCAUUGGGCCGGCCUGCAACAGUUUUGUACUGAGCUCCAAACACUGGGGAGGAACAAAUACAUCUUUAGAGCUGAAUAUCUACCUGCGAUAACGAACCAUGACUUCGAUGUAGGCGAUACUGUAUGGGCAAUCGAUGGCUGUACAGUUCCACUGAUACUCAGACCUGAUAAUUCUGUAAGACAGGGCGAUGCCGGUCGCCGAAGCUAUACGAUCGUUGGAGACUGCUACCUGUUUGCGUUAUCACAUAUGGAUUGUUGGAUGACAUCAGGAACGGGACUUGAUCAACGAUGGGACUUCAAUCCGUUCCGCCAUAUGGAUGCCUUAGGAACACAGAAUAUCUAUCUACAUUGA